UCAACUCUUUGGACUGUUUGAAGAAACUGUGGGGCUGUGACUCAUCAGGAAACAACUCACCUGAGUUCUUCUCCGUCAACUCUUUGGACUGUUUGAAGAAACUGUGGGGCUGUGACUCAUCAGGAAACAACUCACCUGAGUUCUUCUCCGUCAACUCUUUGGACUGUUUGAAGAAACUGACCCAUCAGAGACCAGACCCUGCUGAACCUGAACCUGAACCCAGCUGUGUGUCCAUGAAGAGUAACCGGUCCAUGGAGCCACCGCUACUUUAAUAAAAGACCUGUAAGGGAGAGGAGAAUAGAAAUGGAGGAGAGGCUACUUGAAAUGGAGGAGAGAGGAUUGAUGGAGAGACUUGAAUGGCAGAAGGAGCGAAUAGCGAUGGAAAGUGAAAUUGAAAUGUUAAGAAGAAGAUUGAGGACCCAGCAGAGACCAGAGUCUCCUGGACCUGAACCUGAACCUGAACCUGAACCUGAACCUGAACCUGAACCCAGCUGUGUGUCCUUUAAGAGCGACCGGUCACUGGAACGCUUUAUUAACUUUAAAGGAGAGCAACCCUCUGCUGAAAAGAGGAUCCAUCAAAGACCAGACUCUGCUGAACCUGAACCCAGCUGUGUGUCCUUCAAGAGCGACCAGUCAAAUCAUCGCUUUAUUAACUUUAAAGGUCAACAACCCUCUGCUGAAAUGAGGAUCCAUCAAAGACCAGACUCUGUUGAACCUGAACCCAGCUGUGUGUCCUUCAAGAGUGACUGGUCACAUGAUCGCUAUAUUGACUUUAAAGGUCAACAACCCUCUGCUGAAAAGAGGAUCCAUCACAGACCAGACUCUGCUGAACCUGAACCCAGCUGUGUGUCCUUCAAGAGUGACUGGUCAUAUGAUCGCCUCCUUGACUUUAAAGGUCAACAACCCUCUGCUGAAAUGAGGAUCCAUCAAAGACCAGACUCUGCUGAACCUGAACCCAGCUGUGUGUCCUUCAAGAGUGAGCGGUCACAUGAUCACUUUAUUGACUUUAAAGGUCAACAACCCUCUGCUGAAAAGAUAGUGGACCAGGAGAGCUCAGAGGUUCCCAGUGGUCAGUCUGCCCAGCAGCAUCAAACACACCUGGACUCCAUAUUUAUGCUGCUGGAGGAGAACAUCGGCACUUUUGUGAAGAUUGAGCUGAAGAAGAUCCAGAAGCUUCUGAGUCCAGAUCACCCAGAAUGCUCAGAGAGUCAGAGGGAGGAGGAGAAUGAGGAUGAAGAGCAGAGGAGCAGCAGAGAGGCAUUUCUGAAGAUCACACUGCACUUCCUGAGGAGAAUGAAGCAGGACGAGCUGGCUGACCGUCUGCAGAGCAGAAGUUCUGCUGGAGUUUGUAAACGUAAACUCAAGACUAACCUAAACAAGAAGUUCCAGUGUGUGUUUGAGGGGAUUGCUAAAGCAGGAAACCCAACCCUUCUGAAUCAGAUGUUCACAGAGAUCUACAUCAUGGAGGGAGGGACUGCAGAGGUCAAUGAUGAACAUGAGGUCAGACAGAUUGAAAUAGCAUCCAGAAAACCAAACAGACCAGAAACAACAAUCAGACGAGAAGACAUCUUUAAAGCCCCACCUGGAAGAGAUGAACCAAUCAGAACAGUGAUGACUAAGGGAGUGGCUGGCAUCGGGAAAACAGUCUUAACACAGAAGUUCACUCUGGACUGGGCUGAAGGCAAAGCCAACCAGGACAUCCAGUUCAUGUUUCCAUUCACCUUCAGAGAGCUGAAUGUGCUGAAAGAGAAGAAGUACAGCUUGGUGGAACUUGUUGAUCACUUCUUCAGUGAAACCAAAGAAGCAGGAAUCUGCAGGUUUAAAGAGUUCCAGGUUGUGUUCAUCUUUGACGGUCUGGAUGAGUGUCGACUUCCUCUGGACUUCCUCAACACUGAGAUCCUGACUGAUGUUACAGAGUCCGCCUCAGUGGGUGUGCUGCUGACAAACCUCAUCAGGGGGAAACUGCUUCCCUCUGCUCGCCUCUGGAUAACCACACGACCUGCAGCAGCCAAUCAGAUCCCUGCUGAGUGUGUUGACAUGGUGACAGAGGUCAGAGGGUUCACUGACCAACAGAAGGAGGAGUACUUCAGGAAGAGAUACAGAGACAAGAAGCAGGAAAGCAGAAUCAUCUCCCACAUCAAGACAUCACGAAGCCUCCACAUCAUGUGCCACAUCCCAGUCUUCUGCUGGAUCACUGCUACAGUUCUGGAGGACGUGUUGAAGACCAGAGAGGGAGGAGAGCUGCCCAAGACCCUGACUGAGAUGUACAUCCACUUCCUGGUGGUUCAGUCCAAACUGAAGGACAUCAAAUACGAUGGAGGAGCUGGGACCGAUUCAAACUGGAAUAAAGAGACGAAGAAGAUGAUUGAGUCUCUGGGAAAACUGGCUUUUGAUCAGCUGCAGAAAGGCAACCUGAUCUUCUAUGAAUCAGACCUGACAAAGUGUGGCAUCAAUAUCAGAUCAGCUUCAGUGUACUCAGGAGUGUUCACACAGAUCUUUAAAGAGGAGAGAGGACUGUACCAAGACAAGGUGUUCUGCUUCAUCCAUCUGAGUGUUCAGGAGUUUCUGGCUGCUCUUCAUGUCCAUCUGACAUUCAUCAACUCUGGAGUCAACCUGCUGUCAGAAGAACAAACAACAUCGUGGUGGUCUGAAGUGUUCAGAGACAAAUCAACACAUUUCUACCAGAGUGCUGUGGACAAGGCCUUACAGAGUCCAAAUGGACACCUGGACUUGUUCCUCCGCUUCCUCCUGGGUCUUUCACUGCAGACCAAUCAGACUCUCCUACGAGGCAUGAUGACACACACAGGAAGUAGCUCAGAGACCAAUCAGAAAACAGUCAAGUACAUCAAGACAAAGAUCAGUGAGAAUCUGUCUGCAGAGAGAAGCAUCAAUCUGUUCCACUGUCUGAAUGAACUGGAUGAUCAUUCUCUAGUGGAGGAGAUCCAACAGUACCUGAGAUCAGGAAGUCUCUCCACAGAUAAACUGUCUCCUGCUCAGUGGUCAGCUCUGGUCUUCAUCUUACUGUCAUCAGAAAAAGAUCUGGACGUGUUUGACCUGAAGAAAUACUCUGCUUCAGAGGAGGCUCUUCUGAGGCUGCUGCCAGUGGUCAAAGCCUCCAACAAAGCUCUACUGAGUGGCUGUAACCUGUCAGAGAGAAGCUGUGAAGCUCUGUCCUCAGUUCUCAGCUCCCAGUCCUCUAGUCUGAGAGAGCUGGACCUGAGUAACAACGAACUGCACGAUUCAGGAGGGAAGCUGAUCUCUGUUGGACUGAAGAGUCCACACUGCACACUGGAGACUCUCAGACUGCGUGGCUGUAACCUGUCAGAGAGAAGCUGUGAAGCUCUGUCCUCAGUUCUCAGCUCCCAGUCCUCUAGUCUGAGAGAGCUGGACCUGAGCAACAACGUACUGCAGGAUUCAGGAGGGAAGCUGAUCUCUGAUGGACUGAAGAGUCCAAACUGCAGACUGGAGACUCUCAGACUGAGUGGCUGUAACCUGUCAGAGAGAAGAUGUGAAGCUCUGUCCUCAGUUCUCAGCUCCCAGUCCUCUAGUCUGAGAGAGCUGAACUUGAGUAACAACGAUCUGCAGGAUUCAGGAGGGAAGCUGAUCUCUGAUGGACUGAAGAGUCCACACUGCACACUGGAGACUCUCAGUCUGUCAGGCUGUCUGAUCUCAGAGGAAGGCUGUUCUUCUCUGGCCUCAGCUCUGAGCUCCAACCCCUCCCAUCUGAGAGAGCUGGACCUGAGCUACAAUCAUCCAGGAGAAUCAGGAGUGAAGCUACUGUCAGCGGGACUGGAGGAUCCAAGCUGGAGACUGGAGACUCUCAGGGUGGAGCCUGCUGGAGUCAGAUAUUUGACACCAGGUCCAUGGAGAUAUUCCUGUGAACUCAGACUGGACACGAACACAGUGAACAGAUACCUCAAACUGUCUGACAACAACAGGAAGGUGACAGGUGUGGAGAAGAAGCAGCCAUAUCCUUAUCAUCCAGAGAGGUUUGACUGUCCUCAGCUGCUGUGUAGAGAUGGUCUGACUGGUCGCUGUUACUGGGAGGUUGAGAGGAGAGGAGAGGUUGAUAUAUCAGUGAGUUACAGAGUAAUCAGGUGGAGAGGGAAAAGUAAUGACUGUUGGUUUGGAUGUAAUGAUCAUUCCUGGAGUCUGACCUGCUCUGAUGGUCGUUACUCUGUCUGUCACAAUAACAGAGAAACGUCCAUCUCCUCCUCUGUCUCUGGUAGAGUAGCAGUGUAUAUUGACUGUCCUGCUGGCUCUCUGUCCUUCUACAGAGUCUCCUCUGACUCACUGAGCCACCUCUACACCUUCAACACCACAUUCACUCAACCUCUUUAUCCUGGGUUCAGGUUGUGGUCUUCUGCUUCCUCAGUGUCUCUGUGUUCUGUGUAGGAUGGAGAGUCUCCUCCUCUUUCUCACUCCUGAUCAGUUGAGUCUGUACAGGAUCACACUUAUAGAAAAUUGAAAUA